UCAUCCCGGAGUCACGACGACGUUUAAUUUGUCAAUGAAUCUUAGUAACGGCCAUCAAAAUUAUAGUCAAGUCAGAGACCAUGAUCUUAUUGCAUUUCCACUUCAAAUAACUUGCUUUCCAGAUAUUCCUAUGUGUUUUCUUUCCUCCCAUUUUUAUCGCUCUCUGAGACUCUGACGUGCUGAAUCUAUUGUUUAUGCAGUUAAUCUGAAAUGUUGAACUAGCACAUUUGUCCUUCCCCUGCUUUUCUUCAUUUAGGCUCCGGUUAUCGAUCUGUUUUUUUUUUGUUUUUUUUUCAAUUAAUGCUCGGAAAGAGCUGAAAACUUUCAGGAAAGGGGAGAAGAAUGAAGCGAGGGAAGCUCGACUCACUCAUCUCGGUGAGUCGGCUCAGAUCGAUUCAAGUCCUGAUGUUUGUGUUGUUUCUGUACCUGGUUCUUGUGAGCUUCGAAAUCCCUCUGGUUUUCAGAACAGGUUUCGAGUCGGAUUCGCGGGAGCUCGAGUCUCAUUCUGGAAACUCGCGUUUAAUUUUGCUCGAUAGCGAGAAGGAGGAGGAGCCCGCGUUUCAUCCUCGAAGGGAAAUUGCAAUUUCUCGCUUCCCGACAAGUGCUACUCAGAGGAAAAUGGGGGAUCAUAAGAAAGUGUCGGGCUUAGUUUUUGACGAGAAUGCCUUCAAUAGCAUCAACAAACGCGACCUCUCCCAGAUCCACACGGUCGUCAGGGAUGCAUUCGCGGCCGGGAAGAAAUUACUCGAAGAGAUAGAAUCUGGGGAAAUUCAAAGCGACUUGGAAUACCGGACACAGAGUCUGAACGAGUCAUGCCCCAUCUCGGUGAUUUUAACAGGGGACGAGUUUGUACAGAAGGGUAGAUUGUUGGUGAUUCCAUGUGGACUGUCCUUGGGGUCGCAUGUAACUGUGGUGGGCACACCAAGGUGGGCUCAUUCCGAGAAGGAUUCGAGAAUUGCGGCUGGGGAGGAGACAGUGAUGGUUUCACAGUUCAUGAUGGAGUUACAAGGGCUGAAGACCGUGGAUGGGGAGGACCCACCAAGGAUACUUCAUCUCAAUCCGCGUUUGAAAGGGGAUUGGAGUGGAAGGCCAGUGAUUGAGCAGAACACGUGUUACCGGAUGCAAUGGGGAGCUGCAAUGAGGUGUGAUGGAUUAAUGUCCAAGGCUGAUGAGGAGACCGUUGAUGGGCAGGUGAAAUGUGAGAAGUGGAUUCGCGAUGAUGAUAAUCGCUCUGAGGAAUCAAAGGCCACAUGGUGGAUAAAUAGGCUGAUGGGCAGGACAAAGAAGAAGGUUUCAAUUGACUGGCCCUACCCUUUCGCAGAGAACAAACUGUUUGUACUGACUGUCAGUGCCGGGCUGGAAGGUUAUCAUAUCCAAGUAGACGGGAGGCAUGUUUCUUCAUUCCCAUAUCGCACUGGGUUUACUCUUGAGGAUGCAACAGGAUUAUCACUGAAGGGGGAUGUCGAUGUGCAUUCCAUAUUUGUGGGUUCCUUACCCUCAACACAUCCAAGUUUUGCUCCUCAGAGGCACUUGGAAAUGUUGCCAAGAUGGCGGGCCCCGCCUUUUCCUGUGGGACCCGUGGAACUCUUUAUUGGAAUCCUUUCUGCUGGCAAUCAUUUUGCUGAGCGCAUGGCUGUGAGAAAAUCAUGGAUGCAGCAUGCAUCAAUUAGGUCUUUGCAUGUCGUUGCCCGCUUUUUCGUUGCAAUGCACAGAAGACAAGAAAUAAAUAUGGAACUUAUGAAGGAAGCGGACUUUUUUGGAGAUAUUGUUAUAGUGCCGUACCUGGAUAAUUACGACCUCGUGGUAUUGAAAACCGUGGCAAUCUGCGAAUAUGGGGUCCGUACGGUGGCUUCAAAGUAUAUAAUGAAGUGUGAUGAUGAUACAUUUGUAAGGAUAGAUGCUGUCAUGAAUGAAGUUAAGAAAGUUCGUCACGGUAGAAGCCUUUAUGUUGGAAACAUUAAUUACUACCAUAAGCCGCUUCGCCAUGGUAAAUGGGCAGUCACCUAUGAGGAAUGGCCAGAAGAAGAUUAUCCACCCUAUGCAAACGGGCCUGGUUAUGUCAUCUCGACUGACAUUGCACAAUCUAUAGUCUCUGAUUUUGAGCAACACAAGUUGAGGCUGUUCAAGAUGGAAGACGUGAGCAUGGGAAUGUGGGUAGAGAGGUUGAACAACACGAGGAAGACAGGGGUGGAGUAUGUCCACAGCUUGAAGUUCUGUCAGUUUGGAUGCAUAGAAGAUUAUACCACCGCUCAUUAUCAAUCUCCAAAGCAAAUGAUUUGUCUUUGGGGUAAACUACAGAGUCAAGGUAAAGCCUACUGCUGCAAUGUUAGAUGACAAAGAGAUACACAUUUUUGUAAAUAUAGUUUGAUUAAGAAGAUCGUUAGCAACUCACGUCCAUUCAUUCUUUGAACCUGCUAUUUAUUCUUUGUUUCACCUUUUUGGUUGGUCCCCAAAUUCUAUUGUUUGUUGCCUGUUUAGAUUGGUUAAGGGUGCAUGUUUAUUACUACCUAUGUCCCAUAAUUAACUUCCCAGUUAACUAUUAAGGUCAAACUUUGUUAACUUUGACGCUUAAUUAUUAAAAACAUACAUUAUAAUAUUAAAUUACUUUUGCAUUAGUUGUUCAUAUAUAUCAUUGAACUGUUAAUUUAUUAUAAAUCUCAUAAGCACAUAUUUUUGAAUAAUAUUGAUCAACAUUAACCAAGUUUGACCUCAAUAGUCAAACUUAAGUUAGUAUUGGGACGAAGGAAGUACAUAAUUGUUGUUGUUGUGGUGGUUAAUAUUACUCCGUAUUAUAUUACUAUUGUUGUUGUUAUUAGUUAUUACUAUCACUACUCCUUAUAUGUUGU